UCUUUUCAGGGAAUUGAUAAUACCAAGCGACACGAAAGACAUAAGUUGGGCAGAUGAUACAAUGAGUCCACAAUCUUCGCAGGAGAAAGUUGUUAAGAGAAGAAAACAAAGAUUUGUUAUCCAUGGACAUAAGCUGGGUAAAACUUCAUGUAAGAAGAGUUUGUUGAAAAGGUUCCCUUGUAAAACCCGCUCUGGCAUGUCUUGUGCAGUUGAUACAGCCUGGCAAAAACGAGGCUUUGAUAGUCUUACAUCUCAUACCUUUUUUAUGAGUAAGGCGAAGUAUGGUAAAAAGGUAUUGAAGGCUAUUGUAAAACACCGAACCUGUGGAACAUGUAAAUGGUGGAAAAGAAACAAACCAGGUCAACCAGUACGUCUACACCGCUGUGUCCAAAACCAUACAGGAAGUGCAAGAUCGAUGGAGAGUGCGAGCGGGGAACAAGGUAUAUUGGAAUUGUCCAAAGAAGGAACACCUGUAGAGUAUAUUGAAGGUGAUGGAGACAAUACACUUAUAGCUCGGUUAAAGUCUAAUCAAAAUAUUAAUAUGAAAAAGAGAUUUGAUAGGAACCAUGUUGUGAAGAAUGUUGGUAAACACCUGUUUCAGUUGCAAGCCUCCAAGAAAGUUCGUCUCAGUAAAGUUGUAAUUAACCACAUCCAGAAGUGUCUCAAAUACGCCUUUGCUAAAAACCAAGGAAACAAAGAAGAUCUGGAACAAAAUCUGAGGGCAAUCAUACCCCAUCAGUUUGGGGACCAUAGCUUCUGUUUCCCAAAGUUUUGUGGCUACAAGAGGGACCAAAGUGUGAAAUAUCUUCAUCGUAGCUUGCCAUACAAGGGCCCCAUCAAAGAUGAAACAGGUCAGCUUCGGGAAGAACUUGACAAAGUUUUCGCACCUGUCAUUGGCAAUGCAGAACAGUACUCUGACUUGGGUUCUUCACAACAAUGUGAACAUGCUAACAGGGAAGUAUCGUUGAGGGCCCCAAAGUCACUUCACUAUGGAAACUCUGAGUCCUUGGACUUCCGAGUGCAGGCGACGGCAGCCUUCAUCAAUGAAGGAAGAACUUAUAUUUGCAAGGCUAAUGAAGAAGGAGGUCUUUCUCCGGGGUUCCACACAGAAAAGUACUCUAAGAAGUGUAUGAAUGAACGCAAGCGCCGAAUGGAACGCUCCAGUCUUCCUUCGUCCAAGCGUCGCAGACUCACAUUGAAACAAGAGAGGUGUAUAUGUAAAGGAGCAACCGAAGUGCUAGAAGGUGCCACAUAUCAGUCAGAAAUUGGUCUUCAGAAUGAUGUUGAUGUGGAAACAAUUCCGGACGCUGUACCACGUGGUGAUUUUAAGCCCCUGAAACUUCAAAACUCGAUGCCAACAUUUGUUGUAUUAGACUUGGAGACUACAGAUCUUAUACGAAGUGGGAAAAUGCCUCAUUUGACCCAGAUUGCUGCCAGAGAAGUAAAUAGUGGUAGUGAGUUUUCAACUUAUGUUACACCGAAGCUACCUAUAUCAGAAGGAGCACAGCAGACCACUGGUAUUAGAAUGGCAGAUAAUAAUGUUAUGUAUGUUUCCGGAACUAUAGUAGAAACUGUAAACAUUCAAUGUGAUGUUGAAAAUUUCAUAAAGUGGCUACAAAAGUAUAACAGAGUAGUGUUGGUGGCACACAACGGGCGGAGGUUUGAUUUUUCAGUUGUUGUUGCUGCAGUUUCUAAUGUGAAUAAGUUGGAAGAAUUUUUAGCAAGUGUUGUAGGUUGUUUGGAUACAUUACCAUUGUUUCGUAAGACCUAUUCUGACAGAAGUAGUUACAAGCAGGGAGAUCUUGUACAGGACAUUCUCGGUAUACAGUAUAAUGCCCAUGACGCUCUUGAAGAUGUGCGCGCCUUAGUGAAAUUGUUCCAACAUUGUUGUGCCUUAGUAAAUGAUAUGAUAAAGUUCACUUUUUCUCUAAAUGCAGUGUAUCACCAAUGUCUGUCAUCAAAGGAAAAGGCAAAGAAUUUACCGUCAUUGUCAUGUCUUAUUGCAAGUAGUGUUUGUAAACUUCCUACAGCUGAAAAUAUCGCGUCUUCAGGGUUAAACCUGGAGCAUCUAAGGAAAAUCUUUAUACGUGAUGGUGAAGAUGGACUACACAGUACAUUCACGAUGAAAAACAGUGAAGGCCAACCACGUGUAACAAACACAAAAAGGACACUUGAGACUGUCAUUCCUAAACUGGCUGAUUUCUUACAAAAAAACAGUUAAAAUUUGUUUUACUGAUAAUUGAGCCGUGUCAUGACAAAACCAACACAAUGCGUUUGCGACCAGCAUGGAUCCAGACCAGCCUGCGCAUCCGCGCAGUCUGAUCAAGAUCCAUGAUGUUCGCUAUCAGUUUCUCUUCUUGUAUUAGAGUUAGUAAGCAAACACCAUGGGUCCUGAUCAGACUGCGCGGAUGCGCAGGCUGGUCUGGAUCCAUGCUGGUCGCAAACGCAUUGUGUUGGUUUUGUUAUGACACGGCUCAUAUAUACUGUUGGAUCUCCAAAUGCCAUAUGUUAUAUUGUACUGAAGAUAUGUUUCAGCAAUUUUCUAUUGCAGGAAAGCAGUAUAUUUCAAGUAUUUUCACUCAAGGUCAUAUUGACAUGUUUUCAUUGAAAUUUAGGCUUACUUACAUUUUUAACUUUAGUCACAGAAUCAAAACCAAAAUGUUACAUUGUUAAUACAUUUUUAUUUUUUGGUAUCUGCAGCACACAUCAAAAAACAUAACAUAUGAUAAAUAGUAGGAUAUUUUUCUUUGUAAGUAUUAUCUUUGUGAACAUUUUAGUGCUUGGUGUGGAUAAAUAGUUCUUGGUCACUAUUUGAUUUUCUAGCUCUCGACCACAUGUAUGUAUACAAGAUUUUGAAGAAAACACAUGAUUUUAUUGUUGACAGAAGGUACCUUUUCUAUUGAUAUUAAGUGUUUUUAUUGCAUUGCAAGUCUUGUAUUGUUUCUAAGCAGAAGCUGAAGCAUUAUUUAAUAGUUUGAAACAAAGAAAGAAUAAAUAAUGAAAUUUGACCUCAAAUUGUCUCCCUUGACAUUUGAUACCAAACUCAUAAAAUGUAGUGGUUUGAACUAACUAGACGGUAAAAGUUUUUCCUUUUUUAAUAUUUUC